UUUUCUUGUUCCCAUCCAUCGGGUUAUUAAAUCCCAAUAGUCUCUUAUAGUUCAUGCCGGAUGCCGUUGCAUGAACGAGAAGGAGGCUCAGAGGUUGCUAUUGAUAACUUUAGUCUUUGGUUUGAUGGCGUCUUCUUGAUAAGGUUGAUCUCCUGAUACGUGCCCCUUCUAUCCUCUACCCAGGACGCAUGCGGGUUGACCCUGAAGUUUCAGUUGCUUCUGAGCUCACUCCAUUCCAGAAGUUGGCCCAGUAGCUACCCAUCGUUUGUUCGCAGCUUCGUGCGCAGGUACUACGAUUCAGGAGUCCUGCGUAUUUACAUUGUUCGUCGUCGUUGAUGUCAUUUACCGCAAAAGUUCUCUCUAGUUAUACUCAGAGCAAACACUUGGUGCCCUUGUCUUAUAGGCGAGUUCAUCCUAACUAUAGCCCAUUACUAGUCAUGCGUCUUAGCAUAUAGUAAUCCCGAACAAGAGAAGUGCUUCUCAGAGCGCUGUGCCAUUGGUAUAUAAUUUCGACGCCCAUAUACCUUACAAAUCUUUCAAGAUGCUUCCUAGGUGGUUGAGCAUUUGGACUUUGCUCUAUUUACUCAUAUGUUUCGAUUUGGUAACCGCGGGGCGAUUGGGACCAUAUCCGAGACAAGAGACUUCUCCCUCGACGGCGGAGACAACAAAAACGACACAAAAUGACGAUCGAGAAACAACCCUAGCUCCGCCAGAUAACUCGGAAACUCCUUCUAGUUCACCAGCGAAGCCUACAUCCGUCGAGGUUACUACUAGUGCAACCAGUACCCCGGAAGCAACCACAAUCCCCUCUGCUAUCAACGGGAAUAAUCCGAGCAACGACAACUUCGCCGAAGAGCCAGCUGUUGUCACGGGCGAAUUGCCCCUACAGCCUCGACUAACGCCAGGAUGGGGCGUUUCCGGUGCGAUUAUGCUCAUUACCGGCAUCGUGUAUGCUUUGGUCGGCAUCAAAAAUACACGGCUACAUACUUUUUUCUCAUCGGCGUAUCUUGCUAGUCUUUGUGUGGCAGUUUUGAUCGUUUACGUUAUGAAUCCCCCCAUAUCGGAUGCUAUUCAGGGGGCUUACGUCGUAGCAGCCGUAUGCGCCGGUCUUCUCCUUGGUGGCGCUGCAACUAUCUUCAAGGAGCUUACCGAGGGCCUCGGAUGCCUUCUCGGUGGUUUCUGUUUUUCCAUGUGGCUUCUCACUUUGCACGAGGGCGGUUUGCUUCCGGCCACUACUGGUAAAGUGAUCUUCAUUGCUGCCUUUACGGUUGCAGGUUUCGCAUUCUACUUCAGUCACUAUACAAGGCCAUAUGCUAUGAUCGGCUUAAUGUCAUUCGCCGGUGCAACAGUUACGGUUUUGGGUAUUGACUGCUUUAGUAGAGCAGGGUUGAAAGAAUUCUGGGCUUAUAUCUGGAACCUCAACGAUAAUCUAUUCCCCCUCGAAGCCACUACGUAUCCGUUAACUAAAGGUAUAAAAGUAGAGAUCGCGAUAAUCAUCGUAUUAACCAUUAUUGGUUUAAUCUCCCAGUUCAAGUUAUGGCGCGUGAUUCAGGAGCAUCGUUCGAGACGAUUUGAAGAGCGAGCAGAGUUCCAAAGGAUGCGGGAUGAAGAGGAAGCCAGUGUCGGACGACGGGUCGAGGAAGACAACAAGCGCGAAAGGAGACAAUGGGAGACAACUUACGGAGAUCUGCCGACGCCAUCAAGCCCUACUGUCUCUCGCGACUCGGGAGUUGGUGAGAUUGAGAAUGAGAAUGAGAAGAAGGGUCAGGUCACCCAAACAACCGUCCAACCGGUGUCGCCAAGCGAGACGGAGAACGAGAAUGCAAUCGAGAUGACAGAUCUCCCAUCUGAAGACAAUACAUCGUCUGAAGUGGGUAAACAUCUGGAUGAGGGUCUGGUCAUUGCAGGGCAUAAUGAAGAUAAUCGAAUAACUGUUAGGGUUUCGAGGGAUUAUCACGAUGACGAGGAGACGGCACCCCUACCGGAGCCUGAUGAAAAGGCCUGGAUGGCCGGUGUCGAUAACGAAACGCAACCCGCAUCUCCAACAUCACUACGCAAUUCGCGAAGGAUCCCGAAUACGACUGGUCCCGAAAUAAUACCCUUACCGUUCAAAGUGCCGGAACUAGAAGAAGAGAACAUCGAUGACAACGACGAUAGGUCGUCAUUCGCAACGUUUGCCGACGAAGACGAUCGAUCCAUUACGCUAAGCAAGAGAGCAUCAAGAGCGUCCCUAUCACAUAGGUUAUCUGUGGGUUCAGGAAACUUACUGCGAAGUUUAUCCCAGCGUUCUAAACGAUCUGAGAAAUCUAAACGAGAGAGUGGAGAAUUCGAGUUGCCACAGCCGUCAUCUAGAUGGGGAGAAAGUAACGAAGGACUGGUAUCCAAGAAUCAGAAGCCUACUGGAGAUUCUGGCUCUGUCGCUGCUACCAUUGACGGCAUGAGCAGUAACGGUGAAAACGGCAUAGGAGUUGCUAAAUCGGAGAAACCGGCCCAUCCAAGGGAAAUCAAAGCGGAAUUGGCUGAUGUGUUGCCGAAACGCGAGUAUAAUUCUGGGGACAGACCCGUUGCACAGCCAGAGCCUAUCGACUCAGGUACCUGCCUUGAAGUUCGGCCCUAUUCUACAGUAGAGACAGUUGCAACCGACAUCUUGAACCCGUCAUUUCUAGGGGAGCCCCUUGGAAGUAAAUCGAAAAGGAGUAGCGCAACGAAUGUCAUAGGAAAGAUAGAUGAGGCAGAUGAUGCUAACCUUGCCAACGUGGUGGAAUCGAAAACUCCCUCUGAUACAUCCAAGGUUGCCAAGUCAGCAUCGCCAUCCGCUGUGUCCUCCGCGAGCCUCAUAAAAGAGCAUCUCCCUUCUAGUUUGUCACGCGUCGCGCUGUCAUAUCGCACAAACGAGUGGGCAAAACAUCUGACCCUAGCGGAAAAGCCUGAGCCUGAUACAUUGCACUUAAACGAGUAUGCCGAGGCCGAAGAGACUUCGAAGCAGCGAGAGGAAGCCCCAGCCCCUGUUAAUGUUGAUGAGUUGCAGCAAACAGCCGAGAGCGGUAUUCCAGCAGCCUCCAUUGUGAGGUCAUACUCUUCAGUAUCUAAUGCCCAAUCAAACGUACAGGCCUACCCAAGCCACAGUCUACGGACGAAAGGUCGUCGACAGUCAAGCGAUAUCAUUAUUCAACCAAUUCUAGAAGAGAAGGGUGACGAACAUAGUAUUAAAGUCGAUGCUAUACAGGAGGAGGGAGAUGGUUCCGCUUCAAGAUCAAGCCCUCCUUCGUCCUUAGAGUUUGAAUCACAAGGCAUGGAUCGACCUUCCGUUCCGGGUGUUGUAUCGUACUCCAGUCCUCAGACACUUCUUGGCAAGAGAGACAUGUUUCUACGCAACAAAUCUCAGUCAACUUUACUGUUCUUACCACCGAACCCCGAGACUACACAAUACACACUUAGAUCGACCAGCCAGAUGGAACAGCCUUAUAAUUUACCGGCUCCUUCGCCUUUUGCCAGCCAGGAUGCUGACGAUCUUCCUCUCAGCAAACGAAGAGAACUCAUUCGUCAAAGCAGUUUGCUUUCUGCUAAAUCGACUACAAUCAACCCCAGGCCAAAUAGCGCCAUGAGAAUGCCUUAUACGCCUGGUCAUAGUCCAGGGCCCACGUCGCCAGUCGCAGCUGACAGCGCGCAGUUCAACUCCCAUCAACCUCAGCGGCAUUCCACAGCGCCAACCCAAGCGCACCGCGAGGCCCAACUCGCUAGUUUCCGACAGUCCGUUGCUGUGGAUCUACGAUCCAGCACUCCCGUCUCGCCCGCCGUUAACAACAGCGGGGAGACUCCUCUGGUUCGCUCUACUUCUUCAACCUUGCUAGGACCUAUGGGGAUUCGCAACGGGAACCCGAACAAUGACAUUCAGUACAACAUCGAUCAGCAGAGAAGCGUGCUUCUAUCUCAGCGGGAACAAGAAGCCCAGAGAAGAGAGCAGGAGCGCCGAGAGAAAGAACGUAAUGAGCGCGCUUUUGAAGAGAUGAUGCGUCGUGGCGAUCUUAUAGAUGCUCACCGAGAAGCUAUGAGGAGGAUGCAAAGCAGUAUUAAGGAUCGAUAACGGAAAAGUGUUUAAGGGGCUAUGAGCAUACGCGUGGGAAAAAAAGAUUUAUUGUAACGGAUAUACGGAUUUCUGGUUUCAUUAAUUUC